AUGGUGUCAUUAAUGCGCACACUCUACGACCAUCGAUAUGAAGUGUAUUGGUGCGCGCUCUCCCCUACACUACUAGCGACUUGCUCAUGGGAUAAAACCAUACGAAUAUAUAACAGGAAUGACUUCUCGGAGCUUCUGUUUUCGCCUCUGUCAGGGCACGGCUAUGGAGUUCACUGUUUCAGUUCGUGGCACCUACCUGUCCAGCUGCUCCACAGACGCGUCGACUAUUUGGAGUUGGUGACAGGUGAGCUAAUGGCAAAAUUACAGCAUCCUGGCCACAGCCCCGUCAGGGUGUGAUCGCUGUCUCCCGACUCCUCCCCCUGCUGUCCGGGAAAUCAGAUGGAACCGUGGCCCUUUGGUAUUUUCACUUAGAGUAUAUAAACUCCUCCCUAUGUCGCAUUGCCCUGAUGCCCUUAGAGAUUAGAGAACCAAUCUUCAUAAUAGUAAUAAAUAAAACAUGUAUAGGUCUAAGGGAAAUUCUUGUAAAUACAUAUCCUAUGAUAAUAAACGUAUGUUAAAUUUACAAAUAAUGCCAAUGGUCUCUAAAUAAAAAAAAAACAUCCUAUUGCUUGUCCUCAUUGUUCCAACCUAAUCAGCAUAGGUAAUCUUCAUAGCAGGUGUAAAAGAAACACAUGAAUGGAGUCCCCACAUCUGGGUUUCAGGGGAAAUGGAAGCUAGAUUAAAGAUACUGUAUCACUGAAAACCGGAUGUUUCCGUUUUUUACAGACUCCGCAUAGGCUAUCAAAAUGGUACAAAUGGUACAUCAUAUUCCACUGUUCAUCUUCCCAGGUCUGGUGCCGUGACAGAGACCACAGGGAUGGCGUGCUGCUUCACUCUGUGUGGUCAGAGGUUUGUUACAGGGUGUACACGUCUGGAGAUAUCAAAGUGUGGGAUCUGGACAUGAAGCAGCUCCAUGCGGAGAAGGACGUCCAUGACCUGGGGGUGACCUGCUGCCACUUUGCACCCGAGUUUGACAUUGGUCAGAUUAAAACAUACGUCAGUUACGUGAUCCUCUCCUCAGGGCACCCUUCUCUUCAACACAUUGGGAUAGUGCCCUGUUGAGGUGUAAAACUGAGAAAAGCCAUAAAUAGGUUCAAUCCCAAAUGACACCCAAUUCCCUAUAUAGUGCAUUACUUUUUACCUGGACCCAAUAGGGUGCCAUUUGGGACUCAGACUUAGUACGGAGAGUUAAAAUUCAGACUAUAAAUAGCUUUGUUUAGAAACCCCCUUUCUAUGGCAUUCCUAGAGCUUCAUGGCAGUCUCUGUGGGGACUUGAAUAAAGAAAGAACCAUUGGAAGGUUUUAUUAUUAUAACCAAAUGUUCUAACCACACAGUUAUUAAUGUCUCAUGAUGGAGAGUCAAUGCGCCGGGUUUGUUCCACCGCUCCUUCAUAGAUGGCACUUCAGUGCAGUUUCGAUUGGCCUCCUGUGGACAGGACAGUCAACUGAAGAUAUGGAUCAUAUCACAGCAUGUUAUAACGCGUAGGCUGGCCUGGCCUCUGUUACACACACACACACACACACACACAGGAAUAGAUAAAGAGAUCGAGCACAGCAUCGUCAACCUUGAAUUGUCUGCACUGAAGAAAAUAAUUGCAUUAGUGUUUUAGAACAAACAGCAUCAGUGCUGAAAAUAAUACUCAUCAAUAAUAGAUUGCUUUCAGUCAUAUCAGAUUGAAGACCAGCAAGUAUCUGCCCAGUGGGUUUAAGAUAUGUUUCAAUUUGAAAAUCAAUAAAUGUAUCCAAACAUUGUUUAUAGUUACUCUUCUGUAUUUCAGACACAUACUAGUUCUUAUAGAAUCCAAUAUCUGGUCUUUGUUUUGGACUGUGAUCAUCAUCUGAUAUACAGUAUUUUGAUAUAUCUGCCCAUUCCAUAACCGUAGCCUACAGUCAACAACCCAAUGAAAAGCAUACAAAUGGAAGCAAUAAUGCCCUUUAACAAACCACAAACACUGCCAUCAAUCAAUCAAAUGUAUUUCUGAAGCCCUUUUUACAUCAGCAGUUGUCACAAAGUGCUUAUACAGAAACCCAGCCUAAAACCCCAGAGAGCAAGCAAUGCAGAUGUAGAAGCACGGUGGCUAGGAGAAACUCCCUAGAAAGCCUGGAACCUAGGAAGAAACCUUGAGAGGAACCAGACUGUGAGGGGUGGCCAGUCCUCUUUGGGCUGUGCCGGGUGGAGAUUAUAAGAGUACAUGGCCAUUAAGGCCAGAUCGUUCUUCAAGAUGUUAAAACGUUCAUAGAUGACCAGCAGGGCCACAGUGGUUAUAGAGAGUGCAACAGGUCAGCACCUCAGGCCAUGAAUUGAACAAAUAUUAGAAUGAGCUGAAUGGCCAGAUAGUAGGCUUCGCAUUACCCUUUGGAAAGUGGUGGAUGGUCUAGUGCUACUUAUACAGUGGCUAACCUGUCUCUGUUGCUGUGGUAACAGCAGUUCCUGGGUGAGAUGUGAUAUGUGCAUCCUGAGUGGUGUUCCACAGGGAUGUGUUGUGGUGCCUUUGCUUAGAGCAGCAGCACACUGAAGGAAGCACACAGCAGCACAGGGAAUGAAACCAGAGAACAUGUGCCACUCAUAGGCUACAGAAUGGGCAGUGCAGACCAAGUUUAUUGUACCACAUUCAGAGGAAAUUGUCUUUUGCAGAUGGACUUAGCCGCAUUGAUGGAAUUUUUUUAGUCAAACAAUGUCGGUUCUCUUUUGUGUCAGUAACCUUUCAAUUGAACUGGCCUUCUGCUUCCUGGUGCUGAUGUGCUAUUAUUCAUGUUUCCUUCCCUUUAUUUUCCUGUAGUGUUUUUGUGUGUUUUAGAAAUAUAAUUACCUUCUCUUUAUUCACUGUGAAUUUUAACAGCCACAUGGCCAUCACUGCUUACUCAGCCUGUAAAGGCAAAUGAAAAGCAAUUAAAAAGAAGCAAUUACUGAUUUUGAAUCUUGCCAGGAGAAAAAAAUAUAAUGUAGAUCAGAUGAAUUUUAAAAAGGACAACAAUUGUUUUACCACAGUGCUUGGUUGUCAACCUGCAAAUAAAUCAUUUGGCAUAACUUAAUUAAAAUGCACUAUGUAUAGUGUAUAGCCUACUCCUAAAGGGACAGUCCAGCCAGGAUUAAAUCCAAGGCGUGUUAUAGAGCAGUGCACUGGACAGCUGACAAAUGCACUUUAUAAAGGUGACAGGCAAAAGUCUCCAUACAAACCAUAACAUUUAUAUAUAAAGCUCCUUAGAUUAAAAAGCGCCUUGGAUUGAACCCCGGCCUCAGUGUCCAGAGUGUUGAUCAGUGGUUACUGGCAGCCUCUCUCUAAUUUGUUAAUCCAGCUGUGGUUGUGGCCAAGGGCAGGGGGCAGGGAUAGUCGGAGGGGUGGUCAGUGGGACAGACAGUCAGACAGACAGUCAGACAGACAGUGGGGUGUGGGUGAUAAGGUCUUUUCUACAGGAGGUCUUUGUGAGUUAUUGAUUCUCAGGCUGUGAGAUGCAGCUGCACCACUGUGACUGGCCAGUCGGCCCCUGUGCUCUCCUGUAUCUUCUCUUCUGAUGGAGAGCUGCUUGUCUCAGGGUAAGGCCAUCCGUCCUCUCAUAACCCAAGCCUUAACCCUAACCAUAGCUCUGGUCCAUGGUGUUUGUGAUGCUUGCUAAUGCUGAACCUUCACAAACGCCCUGGACCAGUGCUACCCUAACCCUAGGGUUCUUGUAGGAAUAUAUACACAGUAAUUACAUCAAUAUAAUAUAAGGUGUGACCAAAUAUUUCUUAAAUCCCUAUUCAGUUGGAAUAAACUGUUGGUAUACUGGAAUCACAUACAUAGUUGCUUUUAAAUAGUGCUGUUCUCCUAUUUGACCACUAGGGGGUCUCUACUCUGAAGCCUUACAUAGCAGAAUUUAAUGAUCUCAAUAAUCUGCUGCUUGUGUUAGUUGGUGAACUAGAAGUUUUGCUUCAUUUCUGUUCUUUCUGUGUGAUUAUUUGUAUAUUGUACUGAUGAACUGUUGAAAUUAAUAAAAUAAAAUAAAUCAUUGUUGUUUUUCAACAGCUCCAUGGAUUAGACAGUGACGGUGUACAAUGUGGUAUGCAAAACAGUCUUUGAUGUGGUCUUAGUAAGUUGUGUUUUGCUUUUUAAACAGAUGUAUCCAUCCACACACCACUGUUGCUCUGGUACAAAUCACAGUCUCUAAACAGUUAGAAAUGCCAGACAUUCUUCUUUGUCAAUGUUUGUUUAUUCUUCCUUUGUAGAGCAAUGGAGUUCUUCUUCACACUUUGAGCCAGCAAACUAGGUACCAGCCUGUUACCCCCUGUUGUUAUAUAACUCACUGUAACUGUAUGCAUCAAACACAUUGAAUUCCUGUGCUCCUCCCUCCCUUCCGCCCUCUCUUACCUUUGUGACAGCCAGUGCAUUCUCUCCAACCCUGCCAUGGAUGGUCACUGGAUCCAUGGACAAGACGGUCAAGAGCUUCAAGUUCCUCGGGGUCCAAAUUACUAAGCACAGUCGUGCGCGCAUGUGUGGACCUCAGGAAGUUGAAAAGGUUUGGCAUGGGCCCUCAAAUCCUCAAAAAGUUAUACAGCUGCUCCAUUCAGAGCAUCUUGACUGGCUGAAUCACUGCUUGGUAUGGCAACAGCACCACCCUUGAUCACAUGGCGCUACAGAGGACGGUGUGGAUAGCCCAGUACAUCACUGGGGCCACCCAAGCCAUAGACUGUUCUCUCUGCUUCCGCAUGGCAAGCAGUACCGUUGCAUCAAGUCUGACACCAACAGGCUCCUGAACAGUUUCUAUCCCUGAGCCAUAAGACUGCUAAAUAGCUAACAAAAUGGCUACACUGACUGAGUUGACCCUUGUAUUUUUAUUUUUGCACUGUCUCUAUGCACACUCACAGGAGUCUACACACUCACGCACACUGACACUCCAACACACACAUACCAUGCACACAUUUAUACUGACAACACACACACAUUUACAUACAAUUUUAAUUUACGCUGCUGCUACUCUGUUUAUCAUAUAUCCUGAUGCCUAGUCACCUUACCCCUAUACAUAUCUACCUCUAUCACUCCAGUAUCCCUGCACAUUGUAAAUAUGGUAUUGGAUCUGACCCUGUAUGUAGCUUCUUACUUUGUCAUGUUCUUCUAAUUUCGUAUUUCUUAUUUUUAUUUAUUUUGUGUUUUUGUUCUACCUUCUGUUAUUUUUAGUAUUACAUUGAUAUUGAUUACUGCAUUGUUGGGUUUAGAGCUUGCAAAAAAGGCAUUUCACUGUACUUGUGCACAUUACAUUAAAACUUGAAACAAAAAAGCACUGCACCAGAAUGCAGCUGUGUCUUUAAACAUCAGGGGGACAAGCUAGACUAGUGUUUACAGAGGGUUUCCUUCUGAGAGUGGGCAUGUUGACAGAGCACAUUCCAAGCUCUCUCUAUCGCUCUAUGAACACAUUCUCCUUUGAAAGUGAUUUUGUGUUUUCUUGUUAUUUCUAGCUGAAUCCAGGAAUACCUCAUGUCAAGGUAAGAACAUACAGGAAAAUGCUCUUAUCAUUAUUUCCAGUGAUUGGUGCAAUUGUGGUGUAGAUAUGGGAGGGGAUGAACAGGAGACGGGGGUUGGGGGGGGUCCUCCCCCAGAAUUUUUGACAUUUUAAAACGCAUUUCCUGCAAUUCUUCUCAGCUUGACAUGACUGAUUAUGCCUCUCGAGGGGUAUUUUGAAAACACAGUAUAAGUGGAAGGAUAAGUGGAAGUCUCUCCCCCAAAAAAACUUUGGGGGGGGGGGGGAACAGCUAACUUCCUGCAUUUCAACACAGAAACAUUUGCAGUUUAUUCUAUUCUACACAUUUUGUCAUUAGUCUGAGAGAAAAUGUUGCAUUUUUAAAGCUAAUUUCGUGCAAUUAUACACAUUUUGUAAUGGGGCAGACAGUAAAAAUACAUUAUGAUGACUUGUAAAGUGAGAGAUGAUGAUGAAGAGGCCAGUCCAAGAGUGGAACCCCUCCAGAUAAAUAAAAAACCCUCUCCAAUCUUGGCACAGCUUCCCUUACCCCCCAGUCAGCUACAGUAGGCUCCAACGAUAUUUACACUCACCGGAGUUUAUUCGUUCACAAAAAUGGAUCGCUCCUACAAACAGGGAGUCACAUGGCCGUGGCUUUCUAUAUAAAGCAGACAGACAGGCAUUGAGGCAUUCAGUUACUGUUCGAUUGAAUGUUAGGUCACUCGUUUUGCCCAUUCCAAGUGACUUUGAGCGUGGUAUUAUUGUCGUGCCAGACACACCGGAUCAGAAACGGCUGCCCUCCUGGGCUUUUCACGCAUGAUGCGACAAACAGAAAACAUCCAGUCAGCAGCAGUCCUGUGGGCAAAAACAGCGCGUUGAUAGGAGAGGUCGAAGGAGAAUGGCAAGAAUCAUGCAAGCUAACAGGCGGGCCACAAUCAGACAAAUAACGGUGCAGUACAACAGUGGUGUGAAGAACGGCAUCUCAGAACGUACAACUCGUCGAUCCUUGUCACGGAUUGGCUAUUGGAGUAGACGACCACACCGGGUUCCACUCCUAUCCGCUAACAGCAAGAAGAAGUGGCUCCAGUGGGCACACGAUCACCAACACUGGACAAUUGAGGAGUGGAAAACAUUGCCUGGUCUGACGAAUCCCGGUUCCUGUUGCGUCAUGCUGAUAGCAGAGUCAGAAUUUGGCGUAAGAAGCAUGAGUCCAUGGCCCCAUCCUGCCUGGUGUCAACGGUACAGGCUGGUGGCGUUGGUGUACCGCCGUCCAAUCUUCUGUCAAGAGUGCUGUAGGUGGGUGUAGUGGUGGAAUCAAACGCAGGACGCCGAAGUAUAGUCCAAAAGAUUUUAGUUCAAUUUCCAACAAGGAAAAUACGAACACACUUGCCCGAAGGCGAAACUACGCACGAAGGCGACAAAAAGAAAGGCGCACUAAACAUGUGCGUAAAUGCUCCAACGCAGUGGAGUGAAGCUCAACCGAGCGAAUAUGCGAAUGACAAGCACAACACACGACAGACAUAAAUCAAUCACACACAACACUAGACAAACACAACGAGAAACUUAUAGGACACUAAUUACGCUAAAUGAGAACAGGUGUCACAACAAACAAACAAAAGCAAACGAACAUGAAACAUACAACGGUGGCAGCUAGUAUUCCGGAGACAACGAACGCCAAAGCCUGCCCGAACAAGGAAGAGAGGCAGCCUCGGCCGAAACCGUGACAGUACCCCCCCCUUGACGCGCGGCUCCAGACGUGCGCCGACUCCGGCCUCGGGGACGACCCGGAGGACGCGGAGCAGGGUGCGUCGGGUGCCCACGAUGGAAUUCCGUCAGGAGAGACGGGUCCAAAAUGUCUCUCCUCGGCACCCAGCACCGCUCCUCCGGACCGUACCCCUCCCACUCCACUAGAUAUUGGAGACCCCCCAUCCGACGUCUCGAAUCCAAGAUGGACCUCACGUAGUACGCCGGUGCCCCCUCGAUGUCCAAUGGGGGCGGAGGAGUCUCCCUGAUCUCACUUUCUUGGAGUGGGCCAGCUACCACCGGCCUGAGUAGGGACACAUGGAACGAGGGGUUAAUACUUUUAUAUUCAACAGGUAGUUGUAAUUUGUAACACACCUCGUUCAACCUUCUCAGGACUUUAAAUGGCCCUACAAACCGCCGACCCAGUUUCCGACAGGGCAGGCGGAGGGGCAGGUUUCUGGUAGAGAGCCAGACUCGAUCACCAGGUGCGUACACCGGUCCCUCACUGCGGUGGAGAUCGGCGCUCGCCUUAUGACGUCGGAGGGCCCGCUGCAGGUGGACGUGUGCAGCGUUCCACGUCUCCUCCGAGCGCCGCGCCCACUCAUCCACCGCAGGAGCCUCGAUCUGGCUCUGCUGCCAAGGUGCCAGAACCGGCUGGUAACCUAACACACAUUGGAAAGGGGUUAGGUUAGUGGAGGAAUGGCGUAGGGAAUUCUGGGCCAUCUCGGCCCAGGGAACGUACCUUGCCCACUCUUCCGGCCGGUCCUGGCAGUAUGUUCUAAGAAACCUACCCACAUCCUGGUUCACGCGUUCCACCUGCCCAUUACUCUCCGGGUGGUAACCCGAGGUGAGGCUCACCGAGACCCCCAACCGCUCCAUAAAGGCUCUCCAGACCCUGGAGGUAAAUUGGGGACCUCGAUCAGACACAAUAUCCUCGGGUACCCCGUAGUGCCGGAACACAUGGGUGAAUAGUGCUUCGGCAGUUUGCAGGGCGGUAGGAAGGCCCGGCAUGGGGAGCAAACGACAGGCCUUAGAAAACCGGUCCACAACGACCAGUAUAGUGGUAUUCCCCUGUGAAGGAGGAAGGUCAGUAAGGAAAUCCACCGAGAGGUGAGACCAUGGUCGUUGUGGAACGGGCAGGGGUAGUAACUUACCCCUAGGUAGAUGUCUAGGCGCCUUACACUGGGCGCACACCGAGCAGGAGGAAACAUAAACCCUCACAUCCCUUGCCAACGUGGGCCACCAGUACUUGGCACUAAGACAGUGCACUGUCCGGCCGAUACCAGGGUGUCCAGAGGAGGGUGACGUGUGAGCCCAAUAGAUCAAUCGAUCCCGAACCUCGAGCGGAACGUACUUCCGACCCUCCGGGCAUUGCGGUGGACUAGGGUUGGUGCGUAACGCCCGCUCGAGCUCAGCAUCGACCUCCCACACUACCGGUGCCACCAGACACGACUCCGGCAGUAUGGGAGUGGGCUCCACGGACCUCUCCUCCGUGUCAUACCGCCGAGACAGUGCAUCUGCCUUACCGUUCUGUGACCCAGGGAUGUACGUGAUCUUAAAUGUAAACCGGGUCAAAAACAUAUUCCAUCUUGCCUGACGAGGGUUCAGCCUCCUCGCUGCCCGGAUGUACUCCAGGUUACGGUGGUCCGUCAAAAUGAGGAAAGGGUGUUGAGCCCCCUCAAGCCAGUGCCUCCACACCUUUAGGGCCUGUACCACGGCUAACAGCUCCCUGUCCCCUACGUCAUAGUUUCGCUCCGCCGGACUGAGCUUCUUAGAAUAAAAGGCACAGGGGCGGAGUUUAGGUGGCGCGCCUGACCGUUGUGAAAGCACGGCUCCUAAUCCGGCCUCAGACGCGUCCACCUCUACCUGAAAUGGCAAAGAGGGAUCCGGAUGCGCCAGCACCGGGGCCGAGGUAAACAGGUCCUUCAGCCUCCCAAACGCCCUGUCCGCCUCGGCAGACCACUGCAGACGCACCGGACCCCCCUUCAAAAGAGACGUGAUGGGAGCUGCCACCUGUCCAAAACCCCGGAUAAACCUCCGGUAGUAAUUCGCAAACCCCAAAAACUGCUGCACCUCCUUCACAGUGGUUGGUGUUUGCCAAUUACGCACGGCUGACACCCGGUCUACCUCCAUCUUCACCCCUGACGCAGACAACUGAUACCCCAAAAAGGAGACCGACUCCUGGAAGAACAGACACUUCUCUGCCUUAACAUACAGGUCGUGCUCCACCAGCCUCCGCAACACUUUGCGCACCAGGGCCACAUGCUCGACACGGGUAGGCGAGUACACGAGAAUGUCAUCUAUGUACACAACCACCCCCUGCCCCUGCAUGUCCCUGAAGAUCUCAUCCACGAAUGAUUGAAAAACUGACGGAGCGUUCAUCAACCCGUAUGGCAUGACAAGAUACUCGUAAUGGCCCGAGGUGGUACUAAAGGCUGUCUUCCAUUCAUCGCCCUCCCUGAUGCGCACCAAGUUGUACGCGCUCCUGAGAUCUAAUUUAGUGAAGAAACGCGCCCCAUGCAAUGACUCAGUCAUGGUCGCAAUCAGCGGGAGUGGAUAACUGUACUUCACCGUGAUCUGAUUGAGACCACGGUAAUCGAUGCACGGGCGUAAACCACCAUCCUUUUUCUUCACAAAAAAGAAACUCGAGGACGCAGGGGAAGUGGAAGGCCGUAUGUAUCCUUGUCUCAGAGAUUUGUCUAUCUAAGUCUCCAUAGCUUUCUUCUCCUCCUGAGACAGAGGAUACACAUGGAUCCGUGGGAGCGCAGCUCCUGCCUGGAGGUCUAUCGCACAAUCUCCCUGCCUAUGGGGCCGCAACCGCGUCGCCCUCGACUUACUAAAUGCAAUAGCCAAAUCCCCAUACUCAGGGGGAACGUGCAGUGCGGGCACCUGGUUUGGACUCUCCACCGAGGUAGCCCCUACGGAAACGCCCAAACAUCGACCCACACACUGGGCAGACCACUCCAUCAGAGCCCUCUCCUGCCACGAAAUAGAUGGGUUAUGGGUACUCAACCAGGGCAUGCCCAGCACCACCGGAUACGCAGGCGAGUCAAUCAGAAAUAGCUGAAUCAUCUCCUGAUGACCCCCCUGCGCACACAUCCUAAGUGGCGCAGUGACCUCCCUGAUUAAGCCCGCACCCAACGGACGGCUAUCUAGGGCAUGAACGGGGAAAGGGACAUCAACAGGAAGAAGGGGAAUCCCUAAGGCUAAACAAAACUUCUUAUCAACAAAAUUCCCAGCCGCGCCUGAAUCUACCAGCGCCUUAUGCUGGGAAUGAGGUGCUACCUGUGGAAAACGCACAGGUAUACAGAAAUGUGCAACAGAGAGCUCUGGGUGAGUGGGGCGCCUACUCACCUGGAAGGAAUCCCCAGUGCGGGACCUGUCAUCCUCUCCCCUAGGAGGCCAUCCCCAGCACCUAGCCGCGGUGUGUCCUCCCCGACCACAGUUGGUGCAGGAGAUGGACCCCCUCGUAAGCCGACCCCUCCUCUCUCUAGCGCCAGCGCCCCCGAGCUCCAUGGGGCACGGCUCGGAGGCGCUGGAGGGUGAAAUGGACGGACCCCCCUCGGAACGUCCGCGGGUAGCUAGCAGGUUAUCCAGCCUGAUGGACAUGUCGACCAACUGGUCGAACGAGAGGCUGGUGUCCCUACAGGCCAGCUCCCGACGGACGUCCUCGCGAAGACUACAUCUGUAGUGAUCGAUGAGAGCCCGCUCAUUCCACCCUGCAUCUGCCGCUAGAGUACGGAAUUCGAGGGCGAACUCCUGGGCACUCCUCCUCCCCUGCCGGAGGAAGACCAGACGCUCCCCCGCCGCUUUCCCCUCCGGGGGAUGCUCAAACACCGCCCUGAAGCGGCGGGAGAACUCGUCGUAGGUGAUGGUAUCCGCGUCGAUCCUCCUCCACUCCGCGUUGGCCCAUUCCAACGCCUUCCCGGAAAGGCAGGAGAUCAGGGCGGACACGCUCUCAUGUCCCGAGGGCGCCGGGUGCACGGUGGCCAGGUACAGCUCCACCUGGAGAAGGAAUCCCUGACACCCGGCCGCGGUCCCAUCAUAGGCCCUCGGGAGCGAGAGUCGAACUCCUCGGGGUUCCGGAGCAGGAAUGGGCUGACUGGCCGAUGGUGCUGGCAGGGAGGAUGGCGGUGGAGGAGCCCCCCAGCCUCGGAUGGUGGUGAUCACCUCCUGCAGAGCGGACCCCAUCUGCCGGAUCUGGUCACCUUGUUCAUGAACCUUGUCCUCCAGCGUCGCCUGGGCUGCUGCAGCUCCUGCUGAUUCCAUUCUUGAUGGUGUGUGAUUCUGUCAAGAGUGCUGUAGGUGGGUGUAGUGGUGGAAUCAAACGCAGGACACCGAAGUAUAGUCCAAAAUACUUUAGUUCAAUUUCCAACAAGGAAAAUACGAACACACUUGCCCGAAGGCGAAUCUACGCACGAAGGCGACAAAAAUAAAGGCGCACUAAAUGUAAAUGCUCCAACGCAGUGGAGUGAAGCUCAACCGAGCGAAUAUGCGAAUGACAAGCACAACACACGACAGACAUAAAUCAAUCACACACAACACUAGACAAACACAACGAGAAACUUAUAGGACACUAAUUACGCUAAAUGAGAACAGGUGUCACAACAAACAGACAAAAGCAAACGAACAUGAAACAUACAACGGUGGCAGCUAGUAUUCCGGAGACAACGAACGCCGAAGCCUGCCCGAACAAGGAAGAGAGGCAGCCUCGGCCGAAACCGUGACAUCUUCAGUAACUGCGUGAUGCCAUCGCGUCAGCAUGGAUCAACAUCAAUGUGGAACGUUUCCGACUUGUAGAAUCCAUGCCCCGAAGAAUUCAGGCUGUUCUGGAGGCAAAGGGGGGUCCGACCAGGUACUAGACGGGCGUACCUAAUAAACUGGUCAGCGAGUCUACAUAACCUUCCCCUGAGCCAGUCAGCCACAGAGACGCUGGGUGUGUGUCUCAAAUGGCACCCUAUUGCCUGUAUAGUGUACUAUAGGGUGCCGUUUGGGACGCUGUGGAGAGAGGAGUUGUUACUGUAUAGUACAGGCAGACUUGAUAAGAGGACACUUACUGUUCUGGUAUGUUUUGACUCAAAUUGCUGCUGCUGUUUCACAUAACAUCAUUAAGCCUCCCUCCACAUGUAUGCUUCUGAGAGUGGAAUUCAAUGGGGAAGUCAGUGGUAGUGUUACUUUGCCAGAUGGACAAGGCAGCGAUAGUGAAUGACUAG